AUGACGACACCCCCAGAGCUGAUGUCAUCUUCUUUGGGAGACAUUGGUUUGAACUUUGACUUAGUUCGGAACUCCACGGCGGCCCUCCAGGAAAGAACAAUGGCUGACGACCUACAUUUUGUCAUGAGCGCCAUUGUUGGGCCCAUCAUCUGCCUGUUUGGGAUGGUCGGAAAUUUGAUGUCCAUCAUUACCUGGUGUCGACCUGGGAUGAGAAGCUCAACAGGGCGAUAUCUUAUCGGACAGGCGGUAGCUGACUUUGCUGUGCUGCUGCUGUUUCUAGUGGUUGAUUCCGCCCAGCAGUGGAACCCAAACCUGAAAUUCUCGCUGUGUUAUGGCAUCUUUUUCUCCUACAUCGGCUACCCGUGCUUCUUCCUGGCCAUCGUUGUCAGUAUCUGGAUUACCGUGGGCGUGACCAUCGACAGGUACAUCAUGGUUUGCUGGAUCACCAAGUCGAAGAAAUUCUGCAGCGAGACCCGAGCCAAUGUGGGUCUGAUCCUCAUUGCCGUCAACUCCUUCCUCGUUAACCUGCCUCACUUCGCCAGCUUCACGGUGGUCUACCCCGACUACGGCGGCGGCGGCGGCGGAAACAGCAGCAGUAGCAGCAGCCCCUCUACCGAGCCUCAGCCAACUUUCAAGAUGACGGAGUUUGGAGCUGGUUCGGGCGGGCAGUUCUACGAGUUCUGGAUCCAUUGCAUUAUUUUGAUCCUGAUUCCUUGGGUGUCUGUUCUGAGCUUGAACAUCAUGAUCAUAAACAAGAUAAAUAAAUCCAACAAGCGCAUGGAAAACAAGAAAACAAGGGAAUCGAUGAAGAAGUCGAAGCAAUCCGAAAAUCAAAUUACACGUCUGCUUCUGGCUGUCAGUUUCAGUUUCCUGUUCUUCAUUGGUCUCCAGUGUAUCAUCCAAUGCUUUGCAAUGCAGAAACCGCCAUGGGCUGAUAUGCAAAUGGUAUCCGCAUCUUUCGCUUUUGGCAAGCUUGGAAUCGUCUUCAACUCAUCCUUGAACUUUGUCCUCUAUUGCCUAACCGGGAGAAGAUUUCGCGUGGAGCUGCUGAACAUGCUCGGAUGUUCCAAGGGAGACCGUCUGCAGACCAGCUCCAGGGACAACUCUGUCUCCGGCUCAAGUUCGGUCAGCACCAAGAUUUCAACGACCUCCACCAUUUCUGGGACAUCGGGCAUUUAG